AUGAAGCUAGUGAAUUUCGGACCUAGCAUAGUGGUGACAAAACCUUUUGGGCGUCACUUGGCCAAACAUCAAAUCCUACGGUAUGACAUUAAUAGUGGUGAUGGUACAGAUGAGAGCGUAGGAGGAGGAGGAGGAGGAGUUUGGGUUGACGUUGUACCAGAGCUGAAACGAGCUAAAAAAAAGCAUCCUUUGCUUUGUAUGAUGACGGAUUUAAACCCAUUGCUUUGGGUAAUACUUCCUGAUGGAAAGAUGCUAAUGCGUCUUGGUGGUUACCAUGGUUUUUCAACCGGGCUCGACUUUUUGGAUGUGUCCAAUAGGGAGGUUCAAAGAAUUGGGAUUAAUAUAUCCUUUCUUGAUAAUCUGCCUAAAAGGGAGGUGGAAAUGCCUGCCUGGGAACUCAUUGAUUGGAGAGCAAUGUCUGAUAUCUUUCAAGGAGGCUGGACACAUUUUGAGGAGAAUAUCGUCUCACUCCCUCAUUUUGACUUCCUGCUCCUAAUAAACUCUUUAAUUUGUGUUUGGUGGUUUCUUAUGUACCUUACCGGGUUCCACCGCCGUGUGUCAUGCAUUUUGGGAAAUCUAUCCUUAAGAAUUUGCACUUUUUCGACUGUCCCAGAUGUCAAUAAGGUCACUUUGUACCUCCAGAGAUCCAGGCUUAUUGAUUCAAUUAGGCUUAGCCUCCGUUCCAAUUCUCCAGAAUCCCUUCUUCCUCUUUUGCAGAGUCCUGCAUUGGAUGCUUUUGUUGUCAAUAACGCACUAAAAUCAGCGCCUUCCCCUGAUUCUGCGCUCUUGUUGAUUGAGAAACUGAAAAAUAUCUCACGUUUCUCACAUAAUCAGCAAACCCUCUAUACAUUAGCUAAGAUUCUUGCAAGAUGCGGGCAAACGAGUAAGCUUAGAGCCCUGAUCAAUGCUAUCGAUUCUGGGAAGUUUACCAAUGUUGCUCGUGUUAGUUUCAUGAAUAGGAUGCUGUGGUUUUCCCUUGCUGGAGAUCUCGACGAGGUUGUUAGUGUAUGGGAUGAAUGGAGGGCUUCGAAUAAGCCUACCUGUACUGAGGCUUACAACAUUGUCAUGUCUCUUUCGGCCAAGAAUGGAAAAGAUUAUGAGGCUGUGGUGUUGUUUCGCAGAAUAAUUGAUGAAGGGUUGCUUCCUAAUUCGAGAACAUACACGAUCGUGAUCGAGCAUCUUAUCUGCUCAAAUAAUUUAUCUGCUGCUUUUGAAGUUUUCCAAUUACUGCCACAGAUGCGAAUCAAGCGUAGCUUGAAGCAGUACUCUGUUCUGGUUGAUGCAUUUUGUCGGAAGGAUCAAUUAGACAUUGUGAGGACUUUGAUCAAUGAGAUGCGAGUUGAUGGCAUACUGCCUGGUCGAGCUAUGCAGAGCUCUUUGCAACGACUGCACGAGGCAGGCUGUGCUGAAGAGACAAAUGAGUUGAUAAAAGAAAUGGUUCCGGAUGGAAGGAUAAAGAGUAUCGCUUAUACGUUGGAUGGUAGUGACGACGAUGUUGAGGUUCAUGAAGAAAAUGAUCAUCAUGCCGAUGUGGAGGAUGCUGAGCAAGUACAGUUAAAACCUUGGUUAGAUCCUGCGGCCUUGGCUAGUGCCUUGCAGUACUGGAGACCCGAAGAGGUAUCAGCGUUGGAGGAUGCGAACAUUAUAUGGACUACAAGAUUAGUGUGCAAGAUGAUCAGGAGCUUCCGGUCUGCUCAAACAUCCUGGCAGUUUUUCUGUUGGGUUGCUUAUCAGCCAGGAUUCACUCAUGACGUGUAUACAAUGUCGAGGAUGGUUGUCAAACUGGCCCGCCAUGGAUGCACUGAUUUGGUUGAUCAGCUCUUGUCUAAGUCAGAUAAGGAGGGUAUACCAUUGUCAAUCAGCACAGCUAGAUUAAUAAUCGACUCUUAUGGCCUUUCUGGCCAUGGAAAGGCUGCUCUGAAGAUUCUUCAGAAUGUUAAAACAAUUUGUGGUCCAAUUUCAAGGAGAGGCCUUCUGAUUUUAUAUACGUCUAUUUUAAGGACGCUGACCAAGUGCAAGAUGAAUGCAGAAGCGUUGGACAUACUCGAAGAGAUGAUCUUAGUCGGGGUUGUUCCAGAGAUACAAACCUUUUCCGGCUUGAUGCACCAUUUUGCUGUAGAGGGGGAUAUCAAAACGGUGCAAAGACUCUUUGGAAUGGUGAGACAAAGUGAUCUAGAGCCAGAUGCCUUCAUGUAUCGAGUUCUGAUUCGCGCUUAUUGCAAAUGUGAAAGGGCAGCGCUCGCGAUAAGGGUAUUCGAGGACAUGCUGAACUCUGGAUUAGCUCCUGAUAUUGCUACCAAAGAUUUGCUCGUGAAAAGUCUUUGGAAGGAAGGCAAGCUCAGAGAGGCAGCUGGUAUUGAAGAAAGAAGUGAGGAGAUUAAUUGUGCACUUCCACAAGCUUUGCCAGGAGGAUUAUAUACUUUGAAUUCUGUGGAUCUUAUGAGAAUAUAUGACAUAUAUUCUGGCAAAUUCAAAUUUACUCUACACAAUAACAGCUAG